UCUCUCUCUCUCUCUCUCUCUCUCUCUGUUCUUCUUUCUCUUCCUCUCUGGUCUCUCUAUCUCUCUGUUCUUCAUGGUCGUCUCUCUCUCUCUCUCUGUUCUUCGUCGUUCUCUCUCUCUAUGUGUUCUAAGUUGUCCUCUGUCUCUCCUUCACCUGUCUCUGUUCUUCGUCAUGUUUGUAACUGAAAAAUAAACAGACCAAUACGGCAAUACCUAAUUUCCUUUUAGUUACCCCCAAACAAAUUUCGAUCUUUUUUAACUCAAGUCUGGUUAUGUUAUUGUGUCGAUCGGGUCAGAAAGGUUUAGUGGGCAAUCGCAAUUGUAAAACGCAAUUGUAUUAACUUUUAGUAAUUGAUUAAAGGAAACAUGUAUAUAUAUAUUUAUAAAUAUAUGAUUCCUGUUUCCAUUUGGCUGAUCUUUUCCCCGGUCUUUUGUUUUAUCUUUCAGCAAGAAAACCCUAGAGUUCAACUAUCAAAUUAGGGUUUGGAGUUUAGUCCAUCGCUAUCUGCUUCGACAAGUGGGAGUAGCUAGAGUGACCUUUCGCCAUGUUCAUCAAGAUGGUGCCAGUUCCCUCCCUCUAAAAUUGUAGUUGGAACUGCUUUUCAUCUACCAUAUAAUCACACUACUGAAUUUCUUCUCGAGUUUUUGAUUUUUCGCAAGGUUAUAAUCGAAGGUUUCAAGAGUUACAAAGAGCAAACUGCUACUGAGGAUUUCAGCCGCAAAGUUAACUGUGUUGUUGGGGCAAAUGGGUCUGGGAAAAGCAACUUUUUCCAAGAUGUCCAUGGUGACAGUCGUAGCGAUAAUAAGAGGAAGAGAAAGUGGCAUGGUGGUGGCAUCAUUGAUCGGAGAGGAGAAGAUGAUUUGAUCUGUGAGAGAGAGAGAGAGGAAGAAGGAUUUAAGAAUCCUCGGGGAGGGUUUUUGGAAUUGACUUGUGGAUAAAGUCAACGACAAGAGAAGGGGAGAGAGAGAUGCGAAGCUUGGUCCAUAUAUUCCGUGUAUGUAAAGAAACAUCUCUAGCUCUUGAUUCUCAUUGAAUUAUUGGUUUUUGGAUGCAGCAAUUCGUUUUGUACUGAGUGACAUCUUCCAAAAUCUGAGGAAUGAAGAUAGGAAGGCGUUACUCCAUGAAGGUGCUAGUCAUCAAGUUGGAUAUGCGUUCGUGGAGAUAGUCUUUGAUAAUUCUGAUUACCGUAUCCCUGUUGAUAAAGAAGAGAUUCGCUUGCGCCGAACUAUUGGUCUGAAAAAGGAUGAAUAUUUCAUGGACGGGAAACACAUUACAAAAAAUGAAGUUAUGGAUUUACUGGAGAGUGCUGGAUUUUCUCGUUCUAAUCCGUACUAUGUUGUUCAACAAGGAAAGAUAGCCUCGUUGACACUGAUGAAAGAUUCAGAACGGCUGGGUCUACUAAAAGAGAUUGGUGGUACCCGUGUUUAUGAGGAGAGACGCCAUGAGAGUUUGAAAAUUAUGCAGGUUACAGGGAUCAAACGGAAUCAAAUCAUCCAAGUUGUCCAAUACUUGGAUGGCAGACUAAAGGAUUUGGACGAAGAGAAAGAAGAACUUAGAAAAUAUCAACAACUUGAUAAGCAGAGAAAAUCACUUGAAUACACCAUUUAUGACAAAGAGCUUCAUGAUACUAGGGAGAAACUUGAACAGGUUGAAGUUGAAAGAACUAAAGCAUCUGAAGAGUCUACAAAAAUGUAUGACCGUGUUGAGAAGGCCCAGGACGAGUACAAGAGCUUAGAUGAGUCGCUGACAGGACUGAAAAAAGAGCUUCAGACAAUGAACAAGAAGAAAGAAACUGUUGAAGCACGAAAAACUGAAGCUAUAAAUAAUAAGACAAAACUGGAGCUUGAUGAGAAUGAUUUCAAGGAACGGAUUGCUGGAAAUAUCCAGUCUAAGAAUGAUGCACUUGAGCAACUUAGUGUGGUGGAAAGAGAAAUGCAGGAUUCUUUGAAGGAACUAGAGGCGAUUAAUCCCUUGUAUGAGAGUCAAGUUGACAAGGAGAAGCAGACGACCAAAAGAAUAAUGGAGCUGGAGAAGAAGCUUAAUAUUCUUUAUCAGAAACAGGGACGUGCAACUCAGUUCUCAAAUAAGGCUACUCGAGACAAAUGGCUCCGGAAAGAAAUUAAAGAUCUCAAGCCUGUACUAGACUCAAAUAUAGUUCAAGAGCAAAAACUUCAGAAUGAAAUUUUUGGCCUCAAUGUUGAUUUAAGGGAGCGUGAUGCACACAUCAAGAACCAUGAAGUUGAAAUUAGUGAACUGGAUACUCAUAUUUCCAAUUCCCAUGAAAAAUUCAAUAUUAAAAAGAGGGAGAGGGAUGAAGAGCAUAGAAAAAGAAGGGAAAAAUGGGGAGAAGAAAGUGAACUAUCUUCUGAAACUGAGAAGUUGAAAACGGAUCUUGAAAGGGCAAAGAAAACUCUUGAUCAUGCAACUCCAGGAGAUGUAAGGCGAGGACUGAGCACUAUCAAACGGAUUUGCUCUGAGCAUAAGAUAAAUGGAGUUUUUGGUCCACUUGUUGAGCUGGUUGAUUGCGAGGAAAAGUUUUUCACUGCAGUUGAAGUCACUGCUGGAAACAGCCUAUUUCACGUAGUAGUUGAGAAUGACAAUAUUUCAACAGAGAUAAUCAAACACCUGAAUUCUCGAAAGGGUGGACGUGUGACCUUCAUACCUCUGAAUCGGGUAAAGACGCCGCCUCACGUAAACUAUCCACAAAGUUCUGAUGCAAUACCACUGCUGAGAAGAUUGAAGUUCGACUCAAAAUUUGCACCAGCAUUUGCCCAGGUUUUUGGUAGAACAAUAGUAUGUUGUGAUCUGAAUGUAGCAACAAGAAUUGCUAAGAGCGAUGGCUUGGAUUGCAUAACUUUGGAAGGUGACCAGGUGAGCAGAAAGGGUGGUAUGACCGGCGGAUUUUAUGACCACAGGCGGUCAAAAUUGAGAUUCAUGAAUACCAUAAUACAAAAUACAAAGUCUAUUGAUACGAAGGGGAAGGUGUUGGAGGAUGUUAGAAGACAGCUGCAAGUGAUAGAUCAGAAGAUCACACAGCUUGUUACUGAGCAGCAGAGACUUGAGGCAGACUGGACGCAUAGCAAAUUACAGGUGGAGCAACUGAAGCAAGAGAUAGCUAGCGUGACUAAGCAGAAACAUGAUAUACAUAAAUCCCUUGAACAUAAGGAGAAAUCACUAGGUGACGUUAGAACACAAAUGGAGCAGUUAAGAUCUAGCAUGGCCAUGAAGGAAGCUGAAAUGGCCACGGAACUUGUGGAUCGCCUAACCCCAGAAGAAAGCGAAGAAUUAUCACGAUUAAACCCAAAAAUUAAGGAUCUUAAGGACAAACUUAUUGCAAUCAAGACAGAUCGGAUUGAGAGGGGGACAAAAAAAACAGAGUUGGAGACUAAUUUGUCUACCAACUUAAAGAGGAGAAUGAAUGAGUUACAUGCUACCAUAGCUUCCAUCGAGGAUGAUAGUUUGCCUAGUUCAGCUGGCUUAGAAACACAAGAACUUUAUGAUGCAAAACUAUUGGUUGAAGAGCUCACAAACGAGCUCGAAAGUCUCUGUCGAAGCAUAGAUGAGAAGACUAAGCAGGUCAAGAGAAUUAAAGAUGAGAAAGCAAAGUUAAAGACAUUGCAAGAUGACUGCGAGAUGAAAGUGCAAGAUGCAAAUAAAAAGUUGGAGGAACUAUUCAGCCAUCGUAACACACUCCUUGCUAAGCAGGAAGAGAAUAGGAAGAAGAUUAUGGGAAUGGGUCCAUUGUCAUCUGAAGCUUUUGACACGUAUAAACAAAAAAAUAUAAAGGAGCUACAGAAGAUGCUACACCUGUGCAGUGAACAGCUGCAACAGUUCAGCCAUGUUAACAAGAAAGCGCUUGAUCAAUAUGUAAAUUUCACAGAACAGCGAGAAGAACUUCAGAAAAGGAAAGCUGAGCUUGAUGCAGGAGAUGAGAAAAUUAAAGAACUGAUUACAGUUCUGGAUCAGCAGAAAGACGAAUCUAUAGAACGUACUUACAAAAUGGUUGCACUUAACUUCCGGGGUAUAUUCUCUCAGCUUGUGCAAGGUGGACAUGGUGACCUUGUCAUGAUGAAGAAGACGAAUAAAAAGGACCGUGAUCAUGAUGCUGACGAUGAUGUGUGUGGUGAAGCUGCUACAGAGGGAAGGGUUGAGAAAUACGAUGGUGUAACAGUGAAGGUGUCGUUUACUGGUCAAGGGGAGACACGAUCAAUGAAACAAUUGUCGGGAGGACAAAAGACCGUUGUUGCUCUCGCAUUAAUAUUUGCCAUCCAGAAAUGCGAUCCUGCACCAUUCUAUCUCUUCGAUGAGAUUGAUGCGGCACUUGAUACUCAAUAUCGAACUGCUGUCGGCAACAUGAUUCGUGGUUUAGCUGAUGACAGCGUAAGUACGCAGUUCAUAACCACCACUUUCCGUCCGGAGCUAGUAAAAGUUGCGGAUAAGAUAUAUGGAGUGUUUUAUGAGAAUAGAGCGAGUAUUGUGAAAGUUAUUUCAAAGGACCAGGCGUUGAACUUCAUCCAAAAUGAAUAUCAGUCCCAUGAUACUUGAUCAUCAUGCACUCAGGUUAUUUACUCUUUCUUCCAAGUACUAAUCUAUUCUUUUAGACAUUGUAUGUAAAAUCUAAACGAUGUUAUUUAGCUAUUUUAACUAUUUUCCAGAAA